CCAUAAACUAUCACCAUUUAACACCACAGCUAUGCUACAUUUCUACACUCAACGCUUCCGGAUCUUCAUAAAUUAUUCAACUUCAGUUCAACAAACGGGGUUUGAUCGAUUUCCAUUUGAGCGGGUAAAUCAAUCAUCUCUAGAGUUUGUGCGCUCCUGAAUCUAAUUCCCCUCAAGUCUCAACAUCUGAACCUCCUCCCCUUCCCCCACCCCCCCAAAAAAAAGAAAAAAGAAAAUUUGGAACAAUCAAAGAAAUCGAACAAUGGCAAAACCCUCACAAUUAAGAUUUAUCAGCAGACAUCUUCACCAAAUUGUGUCAAAACCCUCGUCCAGUUCCAAUCCCACCAGCAUUAUUACUUUCCGUUCCGUGAAGAACGAUCCCAGAUCCAUUGAAAACUCCACUUUCUCAUCUUGGGCAUCAACUAAUUUUCAGAAAUCCCAAUUUUCAUCAUCGUCUAAUAUUUCAAGGUUUUUUGGAAAAUUAAACCCACGUGCUGAUUCUUUUCCUGGUAGGAACUUUCUGGGUUUUAGAUUCUUGUCGUUUAAGAAUCACGACAUGGGCUCUAAAAUUUUUGCAAAAUAUCUGGGCAAAAAUGUUAGUUCGGCUGUUAAGAAUACAUUUUCUCAGUACAAGGAGGCUUUUGUGAUGCAAAUUGAGGCAUUCUGGAAGAGAAAUUAUCUGGUGGUUCUAGGUGGAGGUGGUGUUGUGGUGUGCAUUUUCCUUUGGAGGGUCUUGUUUGGAAUUGCCAAUACUUUUAUUGGUUUCUCUGAGGGCAUGGCCAAAUAUGGAGUUUUAGCUCUUUCUUCUGCUAUAGUCGCAUUUGUUGGCUUGUACUACCGCUCAAAGCUGACCAUCAAUCCGGAUAAAGUUUACAGAAUGGCUAUGAGGAAACUCAAUACAUCGGCUGGAAUUCUUGAGGUUAUGGGCGCACCACUUGCAGGAACCGAUUUGAGAGCAUAUGUGAUGUCGGGGGGAAGUUUUAGUUUAAAGAAUUUUCAGCCAAGGUUAAGAAGCAAAAGGUGUUUUCUCAUUUUCCCUAUAAGUGGUUCAGAAAGGAAAGGAUUAGUCAGUGUUGAAGUCAAGAAGAAGAAAGGCCAGUACGACAUGAAGUUAUUGGCCGUAGAUGUUCCCAUGGCUAGUGGGCCCGAUCAACGGCUGUUUUUGAUCGGUGACGAGGAAGAGUACAAGAUUGGUGGUGGCCUAAUUUCCGAGCUGCGUGAUCCGGUCGUGAAAGCAUUGGCUGCAGCCAAGGAGUUUGAUGCUCGUGAUGAGUUGGAGGAUGAGGAAGAUGCUGCCAGGGAACUUGAAGAGGCUGAACGAAGAAAUCGUGAAGAAAUCGAAAAGCUUGAAUAGGACAACUCUCAGUAGAUGUGUGAUAUUUGAUGAUAGUCAAUUUCGAUAUUCCAUCUUUGUCCUUCACAAAUAAUGAUGCGGUGCUUUUUUAUGGAGAUCUUAUGAAUUUUGGCUGCAGCUUCAUCAUUUUGUACAUGUGGUGCUUUUUUUAUGGAGACCUUAUGAAUUUUGGCUGCAGCUUCAUCAUUUUGUUCAUGUUGUUGAUCUUUCUGUGAGAUUCGUAUUAGUUU